CGGUCUACCUGGACGUCAUGGAUCACCUGUUGAUGCUGCUGCUGUUGUUGUGGAGCUCAGAACUCCAGGCUGAAGGAAAUCACACAUCAACAGAAGCUGUCAGGUUGGUGGGAGGAGUCAGUCGCUGUGCAGGAACACUGGAGGUGAAACAUCAAGGAGACUGGAAACCAGUAGAUGGCUCUAACUAUAACUCUGACUAUGACUGGACCCUGAAGACAGCAGCUGAUGUCUGUAGAGAUCUGGACUGUGGCUCUGCUUUUUCUAACAGACAGAGAGAGGAGUCCUCACAGAGAUCUGUGUGGAGGAUCGACUAUUUCUGUGUUCACUCUGGAUCUGAUCUGAGAGAGUGUAUAAGAUCAUGUUCCUCUUCCUCCAUCUUGGAUCUCACCUGCUCAG